AUGAUUAUCAAAUUAUUUAAUUAUAUUACAAGUAAUCAAAAAAUAUUAUUUUUAUCAUUGGUUUUAUAUAGGUGUAUUAAUUCAUUAUUGAUUAAUACUUUUUUUGAUCCAGAUGAAUAUUGGCAAAGUUUAGAGGUAGCCCAUAAACUAGUAUUUGGGUAUGGUUACUUGACUUGGGAAUGGUCAGAAGGUUUAAGAAGUUUCAUUCACCCAUUAAUAUUUGUUUAUCUCUUUAAAUUUUUAAAAUUUUUAAAUUUAGAUUCAACAUUUUUCAUUAUAAUUGGACCAAAAUUAUUAUCAGGAUUUUUAGCAGCAAUUGGUGAUUUGUAUUUAUAUAAAUUAACAUUAUCAAUAUUUAAAAGUAAGGAAAGUGCGAAAUGGGCAUUAAUAUGUCAAUUGAUUUCAUGGUAUAUGUUUGUUUGUAUAGUUAGAACUUAUUCAAAUUCAAUUGAAACAAUUCUAUUUAUAAUCUCUUUAUAUUAUUUCCCAAUUAAUAAUGAUGAAAAUACAAUUAAUAGUAAACCAAAGAUUUCAAUUGCACUCACAACAUUUGCAUUCUUAAUUAGACCAACCACUGCCAUUAUGUGGCUUUAUAUAUUACCAUUACAUAUUUUUAUAAAUUUAAAAUCAAUUAAAAAAAUUUUCAAUUUUUUAAUUUUUGAUUGUUUAUUUAUUGGUUUAUUAUGUUUAUUUAUUGGUUGUUUUAUUGAUUAUAUUUAUUAUGAAAGAUUUGUGUUUUUGCCAUAUAAUUUCCUUUAUUUUAAUGUUUUAAAGAAUAUAUCAAGUUUUUAUGGAACACAUCCAUUCCAUUGGUAUUGGAGUCAAGGUUUACCAGCAAUUGGUUUUACAAUUUUACCAUUAUUUUUAUUAUCAAUAAGAUCAUUAUGGAUUAAAAAAUCUGAUAGAUUUAAAUUACAUUUAGCAUGGUGUGCUCUAUUUACUGUUGGUUUUUAUAGUUUAUUAGCACAUAAAGAGUUUAGAUUUAUUUUACCAAUUUUACCAAUUAUUAUGAUGUAUUCUGGUUAUUAUAUUUCAACUUUUACACAACUAAAAACGACAACAACAACAAAAGAAUCAAAGGAAUCAAAGGAAUCAUAUGAUCCAAAAUCAAAACCAAAUAUUAGUACAACUUUAAUAUCACCACCAAAAUUAAUAAUUUUAUUAUUGUUAUUAAAUAUACCAAUGAGUGUUUUCUUUUCAAAUUUUCAUCAAAGAUCACCAAUUGAUAUAAUGCAUUACAUAAAUAGUGAUAUCGUACCAAAGAUUAAAGAUAAUGGUACUAUAUCUGUUGAUUUAUUAAUGUCUUGUCAUGCAACUCCAUUCCAAAGUUAUAUUCAUAAUGAAAAUUUAAUUUUAACACUUUUAGAAUGUCCACCACCAUUAAAUGAAAAUUCGCCAAUAGAUGAGAAAUCGUUAUUUUAUAAAGAUCCAUUAAAUUUUAUGAAUACUCAAUAUAAACAUAUUGAAAGUAAUAAUAGUAAUAAGAAUAGUAAAAAUUUAAAAGCACUUCCAAAUUAUUUCAUUGUUGAAGACGAGUUAUUGGAUAGAUUAGAACCAUGGUUAUUAAAAAAUUCCUAUAGAAAAGAAUAUCAUUUAAAAAAACCUUUAGAUAUUACAUCUUCUACAGUUUUUAUAAGAGUUUAG